UCUUAUCGACGACGAACAAUAAUAUGCGUUCUUUGAAACUGACAGAAUGAUAACGAACAGCUGUUCACGAUCGUAUUUCACAUUCCCAUCGACGAUGCAAGGGUGUGUGCGUGUAGGUGCAUGAGAAAGAAACAGAGAGAUUUUACGGGGUACACCCACCUGGUCCAAUAAGUGGCAAAAACUCAAACAUGACGAUAUAUCCAGUCAAACAUUUGGUUGAAAGACGUGUGUACACAUAUUUAUAGAUAUACUUAUAUCUAUUGGUUUCGCUGACAGUACGACUGUCAUUAAAAUCAAACAACACCGUGCCGUAUGAAGUUCACAUUCAAAUAAUGGGUUGCAACAUGCUGAGGACUCACAAUUCGUUAAUUUUUAUCGUUGCAACGUGUGUCUUGUGCCUCACACGUUCAACGAUCUGCAUUGAAAGUCCGAGCAAUAAAGAAGGUGUCAUUGGUAAUGGUACAAAGUUGCAAGAAAAAAAACCAAUUGCGAGUGUCGGUAAAGGUGUAAUUGAACUUAAUGGGAAUAAAACGAAUAAAUCGCCACCUGUACAACAGACCGGCAAGAACAUAACCUCGCAAUCGGCAGCUACGACGGUUGUAGACAACAAAUUGCCUACUGAUUCCAUCUCGUCGUCUGAGCCCAGCACAGUCGGGCAUUCCCAACCAGCGGUGAAUGCUGGAGCGUUGUUUCGAGGCUUAUACGUUUUGGGAGGACUAAGUGUGAUAGCAUUAGCAUAUAUGGUAUUUCGGAGCUUUGGAGUGAACAAGCAACGGCCUCAGAUGAUUCGAAAGUAUGGAAUACUAGCGCACAAGCAAGACAUUGAAAUGAGGCCUUUGCCAUUGGAUGAGGAUGACGAAGACGACACAACAGUGUUCGAUGUGAGUGGAUUAGCUUCAUCGAGGAUCCACUCGUAAAACUCCUUGUGAAGAUUUCAACGACUGUUCUUAAAUCUAAGGGCUAUGGUUAUGAGCACGGCAUUAAAAACACAAUUCCGUGAGGCACUACGAAAUUUUUUAUCUACACAUAUAUUAUAUUUUCAAUGAUACUUAUCUUGUUGUAAGAUUAUACGAAUACAAUAUCGUUUAUAUUUA